AUACAUGAGACCGCCACUCUAAAGUCCAAAAACCUUCAACCAAGUCCUCGUCAAAUCCUAAAACCCCAAAAACCACACCUUCAGCCAUGGCUUCCUUCGCCGCCAGGUCUGUCCUCCGCUCCACCGCGGCUCGAGCCACCGUUGGAUCGAGGCUCGCUUCCGCCGCCAGACCCAAACCAGCCUCCUCGCCAUUUCGCAUCCCCAAACUAAACCAAAGCUCCACCUCUCCUCGCAUUUUCAGGUCGCCUGUGGAGUUGAGCUGCUGUGUGGAGACGAUGCUUCCGUACCACACAGCCACAGCCUCUGCAUUGCUCACUUCGAUGCUCUCUGUCUCUCAGCGCUCCUACGGUUGGACCCCUGAAGGAGGGGGGUGAUGUUAGAUGAUGAUGGAUGGAAGUGUGGCCAUGACAUUGAAUCAGGCAAGACAAGACUAGAUGAGGAUCAAGCAUCAAAUAUGGAGUGACUUGGAUUUGUUUUUGUUGUCGACUUUUGAAAGUGUUCAUUGGACUGUUCUCUUCAGUAGAAUAGAUGAGAAGACCACCAGUCUACAAUUAUCUAGCAAAGUGUUGACUUUUAUGUGUAAAAUUGGGUUUUUCAUUCAUAUAACAGUUGUAUUCCUUUGCAUAAAUGUGCUUUUGUGCAAUUCUUUCAACAAUGGUGAAUUGAAUAUCUGAUGGUUUCUGCCGAUAUGAACAUUGAAACUUUGAAUGGAAAUGCAAAAAUUUAGUCAACAUGAAAAUUCUGGCGGAACUGCUUUUC